UAAAUUUUUCAAGUUUUUAGUGAAUUAUAGAUGAUUAUAAGUUUUCAAAAUAAUCAAAACAUCAAUUAAACAUUCGUUAGUUAUUUACAAAAGACUCGCAAAAGAAUAGAUAAUUUUUUUUAUUUCUUUGAAAUCUAUUUUUACAUCGUCUUAUAAACAAAGGAAUAAUAUUUAUAUUAAUGUAACUAAGUGAUCGUAAAACUAGAUUUAAUCUAAUUGAAAUUUGGCGCUUAUCACCGGCUUAGCCAAAAGCGGAAGUCAAUCAGAAAAAAGACUUUGGAAUUGUGUGAUUGGCUCGCAACAUCGACCAAUCGUGUCACAACAUACACGUGACUUUCGAUUUCUUAUCACAGUAAGGCCUUUGCCGUCUCGAUCUUGAUUUUGACCUGAUUUGUUGAUGUCAUCAGAGAUUCCCUCCACGAAGCAAACGAGCGCAUUGGCACUCAAAUUCUUCACGUCGUUGUGCAUUACGAGAACGUGAGAAUUUCGCAUCAAUAGUGAGUAAAACUAAUCCUCCUUAUCGGUUUCUUCGCGAACAUCACACGUGAUUCACCUUGAUCACCUGAGGAGCGAAUUCGCGUAGAUCCUUAGUAGAGCUUUAUGGUUGAUGGCAGAGAACGAGGGCUUACAAAGUUAGCGUUCACGACUCGGUCUCUGUCGUCACCUAAGUCAAUCCGAUUGAUGUCAUUAGAGGGAGCGAUGCCUGCGCAACAAGUAGCGAAUUGAAGAACCUGUGACGAAGCUAGGCGGGGGAGGGAGAAAAAAGGGGAAGGCACAAAGGGCAGAUAUGGAUACGCAUACGCUGCGUUUGAAAAGUUCGAUGGUCGUUGUUUUGUGAGAUCUGUGGUGCUUUUCUACGGAUGUAAACGAGAGUAAGAAAAUACGAAUAACUAUUUAAAUCCGGAUAUAGUAUAAUAGGGUACAUUGAAGAAAAAAUAGAGGAUAUAUAUUUAAUAUUAUAAAAGAUAUAUACACACAUACACAAGAUACAACGUAAAGAUAAUUGUGUGGGAAAAUUGAGCGAUUUUGUGUUAGCUAGAUGCAUGCUAACACUUUAGGUGAUAUAUCAAAAUAUAUGGUGAUGUCGACCAGAGGGAUGUCGAAACGAGCGCAAGAGCCAGUAGAUCAGUGGCUGACAAAAGAGGGUUACUUCAGGAAACCUACUCCUAAAGAUCCAACCUGCUUGUUCAGAGCAAUCAGCGAACAAGUGUAUCAUACGCAGCAUUAUCAUCUCCGAGUAAGAAAAGAGUGUACGGAAUUUAUGAAGAAAAAGAGGCAUCUGUUCACGGAUUCCAUAUCGACGUCAUUCGAUUAUUACCUUAAAGAAAUGCAAUGCUUUACGGAAUGGGGAGGCUUGAACGAGAUACGUGCCAUGUCUCUGCUCUAUAAAAGAGACGUAAUCAUAUUCAUUGGAGAGAAACAGAUAUGCGAAAAUGUUACCAAUAACGGCUUUAAAAAAGGUGUUAUGUUGCUUUGUCACACGGAACCGAAGCAAUAUGAACCUGUUUAUCCAAUGGCUUUUGUUCAAUCCGCUGCAUACUGCCAGUCUAUUGUUUAUGAAGUUGUUUAUAGAUAUAUGUACCAAAUGCCUGAUAUAAAAACUGUUGCGGAUAGAAUGUUACAUAGCCGAAACACUGCACUUAGACACGACAAAUUUUUCCAAAAGGGGAAUCUUGAUAUUAGGGAGCAAUUAAUUGAAGAUUUAUAUAAAAAAGUGAAAAAUGAACAUAAUGACAUGGAUGAAGUGCAAUCUGAUUGGAAGGGAACACCACCAAUUCCUUAUAAAGUUGCUAAGGCACUGGCUCCAGAUUAUUAUCGCAAUAUAGAGUUAGACAUAUGGCACGAAUUGAAACGAGAAGUGAAAUCUGCAGGCUGGAAUAGGUAUAACAGUAAUGAGCUUCAAGUCGGCGGCAAAUGUUUGAUAGAGAUUAGCAUAAAUGAUUUAGAACAAUGUGAUAGAAAUAACAACAAGAAUGUUCAUAUUAAUUCAUCAGAUUGCAAUACUAGCGAAACUAAUAAAGUUGAGCAACAAAAAUUGAAACAGGGGCCUCUUUGGCUUCAGGGUUAUAUACAGGAAAUGAAUACUGAUAAGGAGCCAGUUCUUGUUUUUAUUAAAGAUCUAGGAGAAAAAAAAUUUGUUCCAUAUGAUGCUCUGAAACCGCUACCUCUAGUAAGAAAAAAUAAACAAAAGAAUUGGACACCAAUCAAUAGAAAUCAUUCGGUUACUUCAGAUUCAAAUCGACGAUGGAAAAAAUCAUACAAUUCUUUUUCGCGGAAGAGAAAAGAUACUAUGAAUAUAACAAAUGAAACAGCAAAUAAAAAUAUAUUAAUUGAUAAUGAUGAUGAUUGUAAUGACGAUAUUGAUAGUGAUAAUAUCAAUAAUAUUAAUAAAACAGUCUUUGAAAAAACUAAUGAACAUCAUAGUGAACUUUCUAAAAUAGAUCAAAGUCAGACAUUAGAAAAUCAUUCCGUAGAAGGUUCUUCUAAUCGUGCGACAAAUGAGGAGGCUAACAAAUUAUCCAAGACAACUGCGUUUGACAAUUUACAAUCUGUAAGUAAAGUAACGCAAGAUGUAAUAGAAGAGCGUAAAAAACCUAAUACGGUAUUCAGACGUGUGAACGGUAUUGCAAAGAACAAAAUUGAAAAAACCAACAAUCAUGAUCUUCAGAAUUCAAGUUCAAAAUCAAAAAUGUUGAAUGAGAAUUAUUAUUCACCUUGCAACGGUAACUUACAAAUGAAUGUGUGCAGUAACCCAAAUGUGCCUUACAUCGCACCCGAUAAUAAUAAUACAUGCCCCUAUUAUCCAUAUGUACCAGGAAAUUUUUCGAUGACAGGGGAACAUAAUCUCAAUCAAAUGGAUCAUUCAUUUGCAUCGAAUGUCUUUUAUAAUCUACAUCUACAAAUGCAGGAUACUUUCCGUACUGUAAACCCAAAUUGUUAUGGAUCUAUAACAUAUGGACCAAGUCAAGGCAUGCAAUCUUUAGGCACAACAUCGAAUGCUCAUGUUCCAUAUAUGCAAGAGGAAGCAGACCGGCUUGUUAAUGACAUGCAAAAUUGUUCGUUAACAUGCAAUGAGGCAGCAGGUAUCAGUGCAGAGAUUUCCAAUGUUCCAUAUUCUAACAUGAAUGGUGUACAAAAACCACCAAAACAAGGAUCGAAAAAUUCGAGUGAAAAGAAUUCCUCAUAUUAUAUUCAACAAAAAGGCAAGCAGAUUGGAACUGUAAAGGGUAACAAGAUGCGAAAUCGUCAGCACAACACUCGCGGAUCGGCAUUUAUGCAAUAUCCAGAUCAUCAGUACGGCGCGACAACGCCGAACGGUUCCGUGAAUCCGUACGACGCGCGAAGACACGACAUGCAUAUGCUGCAGUCGCAACAGCAUCAAUGGGAUUCGAUGUCGCAUCAAGUGGCGCCCGUGAUAGCCGGCCCAGCGAACGUUUAUGCAUCACCACAAUAUACAACGUCGAAUGUAUUCUCGUAUCACGAGCUUCCACCACCCUACACGAACGAAAACUUGGGAAAUUCCCCGUACUAUUUGGGGAACGGUAAUUACAUACCCGUGCCGUACUUGUCGCCUCAGCACAUCGACGUGGCCGAGAAUGCGGCGGGUAUAUCUCCACCGUAUCCGCAACAUUUCUAUUCGACGACCGAGACUUACCCAGGUCACUCGUCAACGACCGGUCAAUCGAUGAUGUACUCACAGCCGAUGAUGUAUCCGCAGCCGAUGCAAUAUCACGCUGUACCGCCGCCAUCGCCUCACGUGCAAGAACAGUGGAAUCCGACGUUGAGGCCGCAAUCUUAUGUUCCUCAAUGUUUAGCCCCGACUCCAAGUCCGGCUCCAAUGGUAGAGCCGUCGUCUAACGGGCAAAGUACUAUUCCGAAGAAUCCAUUUUAAAUCGAAUACAUUUUGAAGACUGAGAUUAAUUACGAAGUCAAAUCUAUGCAUUAACAAAAGUAGUAUUAGUAGUCAGUGAUAUUCCAUUUGUUGAAAGUGAGACUUUGAAGACUGACAGUGGAUGCCUCCUAUUUAGUGACACAAGUCAGCAUAAACAUCGUUCUAUCUUGGCAAUUCAAUAGUAAUAAUGAAUAAUAAGAAUAAUAAGGAUAAAACGAUACUAGUGUCACUAAAUGGAAAACACCCGAUAACUAUAAGAUGAAGUUUAUCGCGGUAAGAAUUAGAAGGAUAAUGACAAAUUAAAAAUAACUAGAGAUACGAAAAGUAAGAGUAAUUAUGGAAUAAAAUAUACAGAAAUUAGCUACUUACGAAUCUUGUUAGAGGGUUUGCUGUGACUUUCACAUUUUUCUGUAUUGUAUAAAGCUCCCUGUUAUACAAAAUAUAUUUAAGGUGCAACUUGUUGCAUCUUUGUGGGCUGUGUACGUAAGCGAAUUUAACAUAUACUAUAGAUAGAUCAACGUAUAAGACUAGUCUUACGAUGCGGCUAAUCUAUCAUAUCAGUGUUUAAAAAAUUUAAAUUGAAACGCUUGACUUUUAUAGACCUAAUUUAAAAAAAAGAACUUGCGAACUUGCCUUCGCCUAGAGUUUCAGUAUUGUCCUUAACGGAUAAUAUGAUUAAUGACAAUUUCUUCUAAAGAGAAAAAAAAUUCGCAUAACAACACAUGUGAUAGCGAAUUCUUAAAAAAACAAUAAGAUUCCUGUUCUGCCUGUUCCCCCUGUUGUGGAGAAAUAUUUCAUGUUUCGUUAAUGACACUUAUCGGGAUUUUAAAUUAUUAAAAACAUCAUUAUUAUUAAUUAUUGUCAUUCAUCAUAUUUCUUAAUAAAAAAAGAUACCGAUGCUUAUCGUAAAUGAAAUUAAUAACAUUAUUGGAACGAAAUAAGUAUCCCUAUUGGGGUUAUAUCAACAGGCUCUACUAAUUGUUAUCGCGUCUUAACAAUUAUAUUAAACUUCAAUUAUUUCCAAACUUAAUCAUUAAAAAAAAAAUCUGGAUUUAAUAUAUAACAUUAAAAAAUCAAUAUAGUAUUAGUUAAGAUCUUGUAAUCCAUUAAUAAUAUAUAUAUAUAUUAAGUUUACUAAAGUUUCUUAACAAUUUAUACAAUUUUUACUUAAGAUUAACCUUUAUAUACAACUUUUGCUAAACCUUUUGCAAAUAAAUGCAGAAAAAUCAA